ACAUCGGUUACGUUUUUGGGGAGGUAUCAUGUGACAGUAGAAAAAAGUUAGUUGCAUUUUGCAGUUCACUAAAAUCAUAGUUCUUUACAAUGGUAAGUCUCCAAAUACUUAAUACUUAUGUAACAAAAAUAUUUCGGCUAAAUCUGAGGACGGCUGCCACGGCGUCUUUUGGGUGUUUAUUAUAGUUGCAGUGAUUUUAGGGUUUAGGUUAGGUUGAGGGAUCGAUUUAUUAGGCAGGGUUCAGGCUCAGGGCUCAGGUUAGACGGUUAGUGUUAGGCAUCCGCAUAGGGAUCAUUUAGUUUUAGGGUUCAGGUUAGGCAUAGGAAUAGAUUUAGGGUUCAGGUUAGGCAUUAUAGGGAUCGAUUUAGGGAUACAUUCGUGAAAUUCGAUAAAAUAGUGGCAGUCGUCCCCGUAAAUUACCAAUAUUUCUGUAUAACGGAGUGUAUAGUCCAAACAAAGAAACACACUAACGUCCAAGCCCAAGUAUAAUAAAAGUAACUUACUUAUUGUCACUGUAGUAAAUCAGUGUGAUAGUGUUGAGUGAGUCAGUGACACUAAUUUACUUUUACAUUUUAAUUUUUGUUUUAUAAUAUUAGUAGUUAAGACUUUUUUUUAGCAUAGUGAUAGUAAAAACCAAGUCAAAUCCAACUACUAACUUAGUAACUAAUUUAGUAAAGUGUGACGAUAGUUGCUUAGAAUUCUUGGAAUUUAAAUAAGUAAGCAGGGCUCGUGAAAAGUAAGAGAAUGACAAAUCUUUUAAAAAAAUCGGACAUUUACUGGCCAGGGAUUUGCAACCUUUUACUGGACUGGUAUAUUGGGGCUGUAUAGAGUGCCAAAAAAGUAAGAUUUAUAAUGAUUAUAAAGGUAAUCUUUCAGGUAAGGUGCGGAUAUUAUUUCUGAUUGAAUUUUGUAUUAUCGCAUGCAAUCUUACAUGUAAUAUUCUUUAUAAAAUUUAGUCCAGACAGUAUUAGUUCGCACUAACACUACUAUAUUGCACAACAACAAAUCUUCUUUUUAUUGAUUUUCACAGCCCCCAUCGGUAUAUAGCUGAUAGUGCUAGCGUUAAUGAUCUCUCCAUUUUCUUGUUUUUUAAAAAAUUCACCCUACAUGCCAUAUUGCAAUUUUUCAAAUGAAAGCAUAUUCACCAAAAACAAAACAAGAAAAAAAUUAGAUUAAUAUUAAAUUAUAUCAAAAUUAUUUUUUGAUGCUUAACUUUUCAAACUAAAACUAAAAGCACGUUCACAAGAUAAAUAAAUAAAUUGAUAUAAAUAUUAUAAAAUUGGCGUGUAUAUUGGCUAGCUUUAGGAAAAAUUAAAAUUAUGAGUUUAUUAAACUUCAGUAGGUACCGGUUUUUGAAUAUGGAUAAUCAAGUGUAUGUGUACUAAGUUUGAUCUUGUUCCAUUCACCCAUGCCCAUGCAGGAGCCUUUGUUUGGAAUGAAUUAUAUUUAUUCACCCCGUAUAACCGUAUAAGAAAAAAAAAAAUUUUGGGCCCCUAUAAAAUAACGGAACAUCUAAUAAAGUUCAACCCCCCCCCCCUCCUUAUUUCAUUCUUUUUUGUGAACAUGCCUACAAUUUGAAAAUUUCAUUUAGCAUACCAACUUAAAAGUGGUGAGCAAACAUCUGGCAACAGGGUGAAAAAUAUAAAACAAAUGGAGCUAUGGAAGGUUGGGGGAUGUUGAAAGAUGCCUUAGAAAUGAAAAUAAGCGCUGCAUAAUUCAGUAUUAGUUAACUAUCACUGACUGGAUUUAAUUUAAUGAAGAACACGUAAGAUUACAUGUGAUAAUACCAAACCGGAUCAGAAAUAAUGUACACACCUGAACUGCAAGAUUACCGAUUAUAAAUGUCUAAUUCAUUUAGCAUCCAAUUAAUUAAAAGUCUAUGAUUUAAGACUUAUUUUUUAGUCAUAUAUUUUAAUAUUAUUAUUACUUUGGUCUUCCGCAUUCCCAUGAAAAUUGCUUUGCAAGCCAAUGCCAACCUGGCACUUGGGUCAUGGUCAUAGGUUUCCAAACCCUCUUCUUAAGUUCCAGUAGGGGGGAUUGAUUUGGAUUAUGAAACAUGGGUCACGUCGUACGUUUGGAAAGUUGAGUGAUAAAAAUAUCAUGCAUAAGGGGAAGAUGGCUGUUCCAGCUAACCGCCCUAACCUAAGGGUGUUUUUCACUUUUUAAUAAUUUUAAAUAAUAAAUUAUUUAUUUUACUUGUGACAUUUGCAACUAUAUUUUCAUUAAAUAUUAAAAUUUAUUGUAAAUUGAGGGUUGGCUGACUAAGUUAGCCAGGCACAUUUAACAAGUCAUUCACAUUUCUACCAUAGCCAGGUAGGAAAUGGAAACCUGGGUUGUCUUAAUAAUAAAUCUUUCCUAGAAAUCAUACCUCAACAUUGGUGGGGUUGUUGCAUGCAGAAAUAUUGUGCAACAAUUUGUUUUUUUUUAAUGAUUUAUAUAUUUUGUGUCACAAGAAGAGAGGGAUAGCAUGUGGUUGUAAUAGCUGUAAGAACUGUUAUGUAAACAUACUUUCACUCUGUUACAAGUAUCGCUGCUUUUAGUUGAACCGUGAUAAAAUUCUUGUGCAAUGUGUAGUAGAGGAGUGAUCCUGCAUUGAAUGAGGUGAUGUGCUACCGUCUCAUUUGGAUGAUUUGUAGAAGGGGCAAGUUGUUGGCUUCUUAAUGGUUGACGUGUGAGUGCAGGUGGUCUUGUCUGGUGUGGAGGGGAAAUGUUACAACAUGUUCCUGUCUUUGGCUACAAAAUGUGGGAUAAUCGGGCAAGGCAUGUGUGUAAAAACAAAGGUUCCUGUUAAGCCCAUAACUUAUCCAUCUAAUCUCUCUUCUCUUCCCUCGGCUCUCUUAGUCUGUUUAGCAGUGUUAUGUGAUGCAAGUAUGUUUGGCUGUACUUUUUUGGCUGUGCAUUGAAUGCUUUCUGCUUCAUUAGUGUUUCUGUUAUUAAACUGACUUUAUAUGAAAAGGGUUAAAGAGUAAUACAAAAAAGAAAGAUGAUCUCUGCACAGUUGGCAAGUUGCUUGGUGUUUACGUAACAUGUUUGGGAAGUUAUAAAAUCUAGUUUGGAUUUAGAGUAUUGAAUGUUCAAGGGCAUUUUCAAAGGGCAUGUUGUAUAACUGAAAGAAAAGAGUAGUCACAUAAGAUAAAUGACCAACCUCUAUUUACGUGAGUAGAAACAACACAAUGUUGAAUAUUUAUUUAAAGAAAAAAAAAACAAAAAAAAAUUGUUAUGACUCAUCAAAAAAAUUAAACAUACACAUUUUAUCUCCCCCAUGCAGACAUUAAGGUAAACACUAACAUCAAGUUUUGAACAAAGCUCAGUCCAUGAAUUCUUCUUGCACAUGAAAGACAUAGUGUGCAUACAUGGUAUAGUCAUACAGAUAUUUCAUUGAAUGUCUUUACCUUAAAAAUAAUGAGACUGUUUAUGCUAAGCUGUUCUACUGAAGUAAAUGUGCAACUAGAUAUAACCUACCUAUGGCCCCCAGAAAAACUGCAUCGCGCACUCAUUCCAACAAGGACAGUUCUUCUUACAGCCCCCUCAGGUGUUCUGGGGGGUGGGGGGGUGGGGGCGUAUUUAAAAGAGUUCAUAGCUGCAGAUACUGAAAUAUCACAUUAGGAAAUGGCAUCAGCGGGCUGUCGAGCUAAAGCUCUUUUUGUCCUCCCCAAAACACCCCCACUAAGCCCGAGUAUCGGGCCACGAAGUGGCAGGUUGGUGAUGUCCCUUUGCCAGGACAGCCCCCACCUGAGGCCGCCCCAACCCAAGGACACCCGGUAGGUCCAAAACUAUGUGUACACACAGUGCACAUGAUGGACUUUCCUAGGAGUCAGGAUGGUAAAUUUAUGUCAUAAUAUCUUACCCCACACAUCUCGGGGAAGCGACGGACGCCCUUUAAGGGGGUUUCUACAGUGGGUUUCCACCCCACAACUAGUUUGGGAAGUAGUUUGGACAAAACAGUUGCUAAGGAGCAGCUUUCUAAGGCUGUGUAGCUAGAAUAAUUGGUUAGAGACUUCCCCCUUAGUCUCUCGCCUCACAUCCAAUAGCGGCAACUUAUAAUCAUGGUCCCUAUCCUGUCUCUGCCUUUACUUCCAACUGUAAAACAUUGCAGUUGGAGGCCCAGUAGGUGCUGUUAAAUUUGUCAACCAGAGCCCUGGGAUGAGCUGCAGAUACUAAAAGUCUUCGCUCUGUAAAGAGAAAUAAGAAUUUUAUUUGGAGGUACUAUUGGGAAAGAAAUUUGUUGGUGCAACAUUUGAUGUUAGGAAGUAAUACAAAAAUCUAUAUAUUGUAAUUUACUAUGCUAAAGAUAUAGAAUUUCUUUCAAAUUUACAUAAUCUUGUACGUUCUCGUCUCGUUUAUAUUUCACACAGUUAAAAAUAAUGACAUAAUUUUAAAAAUUUUUGAGUCAAUUAGCAUCCUCUCUGGCACAACUAAAAUAGGUUAUAUUAAGCGUAUUGAUAAGAAUCCAUCUUUUUUUUAAACAUAGCAACACGGCCCCUUCCCCCCCCCCCCCCCCUUUUUUUUCCCCAAGAAAAAAACAGCAAUAGAGAUUGAAGUUUAGUCAAUGCCUGCCAUACUUAUACAAAGUUGGUUUAAUUUAUAUGCAAAUUUGGAAGUAAAUUGUGAAUUAAUUCAGUCGUUCAUAGCUUUGUCUUACCUGGCAACUAUGCUUCCUUUUGGCAUACAGCAGAUGCUGUGUACAUAAUAAACCAAAUCAAGGUUUUAUUUGGUGGGAGGGGCCUUGUUUGGGGGAAGGGGGGUAAGUUUUAUUGUACAAGUUGGGUUUUUGUAUAAUCAAAAUGCAUGAAAGUCAUUAAAGGAAGGUAACCUGCAAUACAUCGAGGAGAGCCUUUAGGGCAAAACAUUUACCUCACUUCACCGAUUCAUUCUAGAUGUGCUCCGUCACACACGGUUAUCUGAACUUGUUUUAAAUACGUGCUGUUAGAUCAAUCACUUUUAAGUGUUGUGUAAAUUCAAAGUAGAACAUUUUCAUUUGUAAUAAUUCCUAUUGUUUGAUGAGUUUGUAGUUAGGUGAUUGUAAAUAAGACAGGUUAAACAUAAUGUCUUCUUUGUAAAUAAGAGAGGUUAAACAUAGUGUCUUCUUUGAUUCCUGUCAACUGGGAAUUGGAGACUCCAUGAAUUUCCAUAUCAAUUUUUGUGGCGCUUUAAGAUUUUUAUGACAGAUGUCAAAAGUUCUUUUAGUUCCGCCAACCUAACAAUGGAAUUGACUAACUUUAUUUUACCCACUGAAUCUGUAAACCAAGAAAUUUCUGAAGAUUCACUGUUUCUUUUUCUUAAGGUAAGAAAGUUUGAAUUUGUUGAAUGGAUUUUCAUGGGGGGCUACAACUUGAGCUUUGUAAUGGCUGUUCUGGGGUGGAAUGAGAUGAUUAACAUAGUUGUAUUGGAGCUGCACUGAGGUGAAAGUAGGACAGGGAAACACAACGUCUUAAUAAUGGACUCGACAGCCCACUGGUUGAGAGAUUUUAUCCUCUCCAACUCUUUUGAACUCUUUCUGAUCUAAUCGAUCUUUAUUAAAUUUUGUUAGCAUUCAAGGUAAUGUGUAAAUGUUCUGUGUUUACACAUGGACUGCAUGUUCUGUAUUUAAGCAUUGAGUAAAUAUUCUGUGUGACACCUGUGUUCUACCAGCCCCACUUGAUGACAGCAUACUGAUGUGACCUAGAAUGUUGUUGACAUACAUAACAAGGAACUAAGAUAAGAUAAUUUGACCACCUGUGUCAUUGUAUGUUAUACAAAUAUGAGCCUUAUGUCACCCUCAAAUUCCAGUGCUGGAGUAACAUCUGACAUGAAACUGUUAAAAAAACUAAACAGACAUGUGCUGUGACUUUUCAACUUUAAACAUGAAAUGUGUGUUCACCACGUGUCACCAUGUUUUGUUAUGCUGAAAUUCCAGUGCUGGAGUAACAUCUGACAUGAAACUGUAAAAAAAACAAAACAGACAUGUGCUGUGACUUUUCAACUUAAAAAAUGAAAUUUGUGUUCACCGUAUGUCACCAUGUUAUGUCAUGCUGAAAUUGCAGUGCUGGGGGUAAUGGCUGACUGGAAACUAAAUGGAAGCGAAUGCUGUGUGUUGUGAUGUAUCAACUGCUAACAUCGAUGUUGUGAUUUCUUAAACACAAACAUGACACACUGUUGAAUCCAUGGACAUGAUUAUUUUUGGAUAGUUGCUACUACUGUGUCUAUAUUAACAUUAAUCUGUAGCCAUCUUUUGUUGGUUUCACAAUGAAUGUGUAAUUAGCUUGCUCAGUGUGAUCAAGCGCUCAGAAUUGAUACAUUGAAUGCUGGGCAGUGGAAAAAUGGCUAUUGCAGGGACAGUUGCUGAAUAACUAUUGCUAGGCUUGCUAAACGGCCAUUGCUAGGCAGUUGCUAAAUGGCUAAUGCUGAACAGUUGCUAUAUGGCUAAUGCUGAAGAGUUGCUAAAUGGCUACUUCUGGACAGUUUCAAAAUGGGUACUGUUAGGCAAUUGCCGAAUGGCUACUGAUGAACAGUUGCAAAAUGCCUUCUGCGAGACAAUUAAUACCAGGCUAAUACCUGACAGUUGGGAAACGGCCAGUGCCCAAAAAGCACUGGCCAGUCUCUGUUCUGUCCUGAAGAUAGAGGUCAGCCCUGUCUUGUCUGAUCCAAGGGUUUCUCAUCCCUAUUACAGGCUGGUGGUGGAGAAAAGAAAGAGCACCUGUACAAGAUCCUGGUGAUAGGAGAACUAGGGACUGGCAAAACAAGCAUCAUCAAACGAUAUGUGCAUCAGUUCUUUUCUCAGCACUACAGGGCCACGGUGAGUUGUCCUCUUGGUUAACUCCCUUUAAUUUAUCUGUCACCACUACAGGGCCAUGGUGAGUUGUCCUUCUCUUGAUUAACCCCCUUUAAUUUAUCCAUCAAUACUGCAGGGCAGCGGUGAGGUUCCCUUCACUUGAAUAACUCCCUAUAAUUUAUCAACACUACAUAGCCAGCAUGAGUUGUCCAUCUCUUGAUUAACUCCCUUUAAGAUUACUGUUAAUUACAAAACACCACAGAGCCACAUUCAGUUUUGAUUGGUGAAUUUCAUCUUAAAUAAGUCACUUAAGUCAUCAGAAAUUUAAUUUUUAAAAACUUUAAUUAACAUUAACAUACAUUUUUUCAUGUAAAACAUUUAAACAAAUUUUGAGGUUGAUGAUCACAAGGGUAAAAAUUAACAUUUAAAUUUUGCUGAUCAUUAGUUACUUCAUGUCAUUUGAGCAUGUAAAUUACCCCAAGCAAAUUGAUGACUUAUUUCAUGGCAGAUUGGUGUAGACUUUUCUAACUUGACUUAUUUCAUGACAGAUUGGUGUUGACUUUGCACUGAAAGUUCUAAACUGGGAUGCAGAUACAUUGAUACGGUUACAGUUAUGGGAUAUUGCAGGUAAUUAAACCAUUAGUUUGGUAACAGUUUUUGGAUAUUGUAGGUAAUUAAACCAUUAGUUUGAUUAUAGUUAUGGGAUAUUGCAGGUAAUUAAACCAUUAGUUUGGUAAUAGUUUUUGGAUAUUGUAGGUAAUUAAACCAUUAGUUUGAUUACAGUUAGGGGAUAUUGCAGGUAAUUAAACCAUUAGUAGUUUGAUUACAGUUAUGGAAUAUUGCAGGUAACUAAACCAUUAGUUUUAUUGCAGUUAUGGACUAUUCCUGCUAAAUAACCCCAAUAGGAAAAUUGAAUAGGAAAAUAGUUACAGUUUGGGGGGUGGGGUGGGGGGGAGUGGUAGCAGGACCCCUGAGAUGUGAACGCUCUCUUGCACCCAGCCUUAAAAGUAUGUCACUUUCUAAAUCCAAUAGGGCAAGAGAGGUUUGGGAACAUGACGCGAGUGUAUUACAAAGAAGCCGUCGGGGCGUUUGUCGUCUUUGAUGUGACGAGGGCAUCAACAUUUGAUGCUGUUGUAAAAUGGAAGGGUGAUCUGGACAACAAGGUCCAGCUGACGGACGGCUCACCAGUUCCUUGUGUUUUAUUGGCUAAUAAGGUGAGUUGCAUUGGUUAAUUAGGUGAGUUGUAUUGGCUGAUAAGGUGAGCUGUACUGGUUAAUUAGGUGAUCUGUAUUGGCUAAUAAAAUGAAUUAUAUUAGUUAAUUAGGUGAGUUGUAUUGGCUUGAAUUUUGUUAUGGUCAAUACAUAAUCAAAGAAUUAUUUAAAUAAAUAAUCAUACAUUUAUGUCCAUUAAUUAUGUUAGAAUUAAGACAAUAACUAAUCAUUCCUGCCAAUAAAUAUUACCAUAGAAAUAUGGGGGCCAUCCAUAAAUGAUGUCGCACUAUUUCGGGCAAUUUUUAUAUCCCAAAUCAUCACAAAAUUGUCACAAAGAUUAGACACACUUGAUCACUAAUUACCCCUGUCAUUCAUAGACAACCCCUAUAUCAGUCAAUAAUGACUGAAUUCUGUCCAUAAAAUAUUCAUAGAGCUGUGUCAUAAUGAUGAACAUCAUAAUCCCAACCAACAAAGGAAUAGUUGCAUAGAUCAACUACCAAAGAAACAGCCGGACACUGGAAUCCUUCAAAACCAAUUUAAAAAACACAUCUAUUUCGCAAACACCUGCGGGGGUGAUGUUGUCUACCAUCUUUUCCAGUUAGCUAUUAUCUCCUGGAUGUAUAUUGGCUUGUGUUGUUUAUAGUUGAAAGGGAUGAAAGACUUUAAAUGUGUAUGCUCGUUUGUAGCUUUUGUAGUGUUACGUUUUGUGUUUUAAUGUGGUAAAAUAUAGAUUGCUUCAUUUCUCUUUUAAUAUGGUUGAUUUUGUACCGUGCUUCGAGCGUUUGGGGAUGAAGCGUGAUUUUUAAAAAAUAAACUUCAUUAGCAUUAUUAUUAUUAUAUAUUCCAAUACCCAAUGUACAUGUCAAGCGUCCCAAUGUACAUGUCCUACUGCUCCGUCUACAUGUCACACAGCCCAAUGUACAUGUCCUACUGCUCUGUCUACAUGUCACACAGCCCAAUGUACAUGUCCUACUGCUCCGUCUACAUGUCACACAGCCCAAUGUACAUGUCCUACUGCUCCGUCUACAUGUCACACAGCCCAAUGUACAUGUCCUACUGCUCCAUCUACAUGUCACACAGCACAAUGUACAUGUCCUACUGCUCCAUCUACAUGUCACACAGCCCAAUGUACAUGUCCUACUGCUCCGCCUACAUGUCACACAGCCCAAUGUACAUGUCCUACUGCUCCGCCUACAUGUCACACAGCCCAAUGUACAUGUCCUACUGCUCCGUCUACAUGUCACACAGCCCAAUGUACAUGUCCUACUGCUCCGUCUACAUGUCACACAGCCCAAUGUACAUGUCCUACUGCUCCGUCUACAUGUCACACAGCCCAAUGUACAUGUCCUACUGCUCCGUCUACAUGUCACACAGCCCAAUGUACAUGUCCUACUGCUCCGUCUACAUGUCACACAGCCCAAUGUACAUGUCCUACUGCUCCGUCUACAUGUCACACAGCCCAAUGUACAUGUCCUACUGCUCCGUCUACAUGUCACACAGCCCAAUGUACAUGUCCUACUGCUCCGUCUACAUGUCACACAGCCCAAUGUACAUGUCCUACUGCUCCAUCUACAUGUCACACAGCCCAAUGUACAUGUCCUACUGCUCCAUCUACAUGUCACACAGCCCAAUGUACAUGUCCUACUGCUCCGCCUACAUGUCACACAGCCCAAUGUACAUGUCACACAGCCCAAUGUACAUGUCCUACUGCUCCGUCUACAUGUCCCACAGCCCCAUCUAAAACAACACUUUUAUUAUGCUUUACCACUAUAAAAUCAGUCUUAAAACAACAUCUCUCUAGAAUCAGACUUAAAACAACACCUCUAUAAAAUCAGUCUUAAAACAACACCUCUAUAUAGUUAGUCUUAAAAUAACACCUUUAUAAAAUCAGUCUUAAAACAACACCUCUAUAUAGUUAGUCUUAAAAUAACACCUUUAUAAAAUCAGUCUUAAAACAACACCUCUAUAUAGUUAGUCUUAAAAUAACACCUUUAUAAAAUCAGUCUUAAAACAACACCUCUAUAUAGUUAGUCUUAAAAUAACACCUUUAUAAAAUCAGUCUUAAAAAAAAACCUCCAUAUAAUUAGUCUUACAACAAAACCAUGAUAAAAACUAUCAAAAAUGAAAGUAAUAAUAUAUUUCUCCUGUCUUUUGCAACACACAAUACCACAAGCCGCUCUAGACAUGAACUAUGGCUUAGUAACAUAGUAAACUACAUGUCUUCUGCUCAGGUUGAUCUGCCUGCACAUACAAUGGAAAUUUAAUGUACUUUUUUUUCCUUUAAUGACAUUUGUGUUUAAUUAGUUUUAACAACAGCCACACUUAAGGUGACUUAUCACCCCCCCCUCCCAGAGCCACACUUACGGUGACAUCAUCACCCUCCCAGAGCCACACAUAGGCUGACUUAUCACCUCUCCCAGAGCCACAAUUAUUCUGACUUAUCAUCCCCCUUCCAGAGCCACACUUAGGGUGACAUCAUCACCCUCCCAGAGCCACACAUAGACUGACUUAUCACCUCUCCCAGAGCCACAAUUAUUCUGACUUAUCAUCCCCCUUCCAGAGCCACACUAAUGGUGGGUGACUUACUAUCCCAGCCCCAGAGCCACACUAAUGGUGGGUGACUUAUCAUCCCAGCCCCAGAGCCACACUAACGGUGACUUAUCAUCCCCCCAUCCUCCCAGAGCCACACUUAGGGUGACUUAUCACCCCGCCCCCCUCCCAGAGCCACACUUAGGGCUACUCUUAAUUAAACCAACUCCCUCUCCCAGGACUGUGUAAGUAAUAAAUGGUUUGCCAGGUACACUUUAGAAAGGUAUUCACUGGCUGUGUGCACAGUUCUAAAACAUAUUUCACUGCAACAUGCUGAUUGAAAGCCAUAAUAUCUCAUUGUGAAAGUGGUGAGUCAUACAUAUUUCAUUGUUACUAUGCUAAAUGUCAGACAUAUAUCAUUGUUACAGUGCAAAAUUUGUGACAUAUCAUUGUUACAUUUCUAAAUGUCACACAUGUAUCAUUGUUACUGCUAAAUGUAUCCCCUAUAUCAUUGCUACAGUGCUAAAUGUAACCCCUGUAUCAUUGUUACAGUGUGACCAGGCCAAGGAGGGGCUGGUCAACAACGUGACACAGAUGGAUGAGUUCUGUAAAGAGAAAGGAUUUAUGGGCUGGUAUGAAACAUCGGCCAAAGAAAACAUAAACAUAGAUGAGGCUGCCAGGUUUUUAGUCACAAAGGUAACGAAAUAAAUUGUUUGGAUUGAUGGGCUUAGUUUAACACUGAGCUGUGAGUGUCUUAGUUUAACACAGGGCUGUCAAUGUCUUAGUUCAACACAUCUACUGUAAGUAGACUCAAGGGCUGUGAGUGUCUUAGUUCAAAACUGAGUUGUGAAUGUCUUAGUUCAACACAGGGAUGUGGUUGUCUUAGUUCGGCACAUCUACUGUAAGUAGACUCUAGGGCUGUGAGUGUCUUAGUUCGACACAUCUACUGUAAGUAGACUCUUGGGCUGUGAGUGUCUUAGUUCAACACAUCUACUGUAAGUAGACACUAGGGCUGUGAGUGUCUUAGUUCAACACAUCUACUGUAAGUAGACACUAGGGCUGUGAGUGUCUUAGUUCGACACAUCUACUGUAAGUAGACUCUUGGGCUGUGAAUGUCUUAGUUCAACACAUCUACUGUAAGUAAACUCUUGGGCUGUGAGUGUCUUAGUUCAACACAUCUACUGUAAGUAGACACUAGGGCUGUGAGUGUCUUAGUUCAACACAUCUACUGUAAGUAAACUCUAGGGCUGUGUCUUAGUUCGACACAUCUACUGUAAGUAGACACUAGAGCUGUGAGUGUCUUAGUUCAACACAUCUACUGUAAGUAAACUCUAGGGCUGUGAGUGUCUUAGUUCAACACAUCUACUGUAAGUAGACACUAGGGCUGUGAGUGUCUUAGUUCAACACAUCUACUGUAAGUAAACUCUAGGGCUGUGAGUGUCUUAGUUCGACACAUCUACUGUAAGUAAACUCUAGGGCUGUGAGUGUCUUAGUUCAACACAUCUACUGUAAGUAGACACUAGGGCUGUGAGUGUCUUAGUUCAAAAAAUCUACUGUAAGUAGACUCUAGGCCUGGUGGUUCCUUAGUUCAACCCAUGGGCUGCAAAUAAACUCUAGGGCUGAUUGUGUCUUAGAGUUUAAUAAACCCUUGGGCUGAAAACCUAAAAGUAGUUCUUCUUAUUUUGCCAAGACAAAAUCUAGGAGCUGCUCAUAUGGGGUGAACACUUCAGCAUAAUUUCUGGUUCAGUAUUGUAAGGUUUUGAUGGCAUCAGUCCCAAUGGUGCUGGAGAUACUUGGUUGUGAUGCUAUCAUUUGUGGUGCUUAUAGAGACUUGUGUAAGAAAUGCUGUUUUUUGAUGUGAUAAGAUUGUGAUUGUUGUGUAAUUGGUGUGAUGUGAUUAGGGUCCUGCUGUUGAGGCGAUAUGAUUGUGAUCCUGUUAUUAUAUGAUAACAUUGUGGUCAUCUUAUUGAUGUGAUAUGAUUGUGAUUGUGGUCCUUACAUCAGGCCUGCCUACAGAGUCACUCCCUCCUCCAAAAUGAUAUUUUAAGUAAUAAAAUGAUAUUUUAGUUUUUACUAUUUUUUAAAUGUUUUACUAUUUUAUUUCUUUCAAACAAACAUAAAUUGAAAUAUGUUCCACUCUAGGAGUUAUUGCCCCUUUCAAACAAUGAUGGAAAUACGUACCUUUCUAAAAGGAGUUCUGCCCAUCAGGCUAGAUAAUAUAUAUAAGAGAGUGUACAUCAAAAGUGGGUUAUGCAGGACUGGCUGAGGCUCUUACAGGGUAUCAGCUUUAUGUUUUCCUUGAUUUACUUUAGUGUCAUUGGCUUCUCUUAAAAUGUUAUUACCACAGUGGGACUGAGCUUAUUCAUGAGGAACAAAAUACAAUAAAGAAAUUUAUUUAAGGGGGAACAAUUUCCUUGGAAUUCUGCAGGCGCUCUCACUUUUCUCACAAAACUUUUAUUUGCUUUGGGAUGAAAUUCAUAUUACUUACCUUGAAGUUUUGUAUUGAGGCUGCAAAAAGUGUAAAAAUAUGAAAGACUGGUAUGGGUAGGCAGGUCUGCCAUAUUGAUGCGCAGUUACUAUGGGUAGUGGUUGUAGACACAUUAUCAUUGUCCUGUUAUUGAUGGGGUAGGCAGGUCUGUCAUAUUGAUGCGCAGUUAAUAUGGAUAAUGGUUGUAGACAAAUUAUCAUUGUCCUGUUAUAAAGAAACUUUCCUCGUUAGGUGUCAAUUUAAAUAUUUAAAUAUUCAGGCUUGGAAACUGAACUUUUUAACAAAUCGACCACAAUAUGUCAAAGUAAAUAACCAAGUAGCUCUAACCAGAGAAAUAAGCACCAGGGCACCACGAGGCUGCGUUCUCUCUCCUGUACUGUAUACCAUAUAUACAGAUGAUAUUCAAAGCUCAAGCGACACCGUUCCAAUCUUAAAAUUUGCUGAAGAUACCACCAUUGUUGGUUUAAUAUCUGAAGGAGAAGGCAUAUACCGUAACUUAGUUACGAGCUUUAUCAAUUGGUGCGAUGAAAAUUUUCUCCAGUUGAAUGUCUCAAAAACUAAAGAAAUGGUUGUUGAUUUCAGGAGGGGGAAACACCAGAUUACAGAUCUCAACAUAAAAAAUCAAAAUGUGGAGAAAUUGGAGGCAUACAAGUACUUAGGUGUCACCAUUAAUAAUAAGCUAACAUGGCAUGAGCAUGGCCAAAUACUGUACAAGAAAUUCAACAAAAGACUGUUCUACCUCAAAAAACUACAAUUUUGUUGUAAACAAGCAAGUCUUUAACUUAUUCUAUUGUGCAACUAUUGGAAGCCUCCUUAAUUUCAAUAUUACCUGCUGGUGUGGGAAUUCAACGUCUGAUAUUAAACACAGCAUAAACCGACUAAUCAAGAAAGCUAGGAACAUAACACAAACUAAACAUCCUUUACUUGAAGAACUAUUUGAAGAAGGAUGUUUUUGCAAAACUACACACAUUUUGAUGAUACAUCCCACCCUCUUCAUCACAGAUACUUAGGAUUGGGCCGUUCGGGACAAAUUCUUUCCAUCGGGGCGAGGACUGACAGAUAUAAAAAUUCUUUUGUUCCCCAAUCUGUACAAAUUUACCGGCAUGCUUCCUCUGAAGUCACACACCUGAAUGAGAUCUAAUAAGUCCCCGAUUUUGCUAAGAGAACUCACUGAAUGGCUGUUUGAAAUAAUUUAUUAUAAAUGUCUUGUGUUCAAAUUGUUUUAUUUUUUACCUGAAAAUGUAUAAUGCAAUCAAAAAACAUUUCCAUUUAUUUGGAUCAAUAAAAGAAUCUUAUCUUAUAUAGGGUAGGCAGGUCUGCCAUAUUGAGGCGCAGUUACUAUGGGUAGUGGUUGUAGACACAUUGUCAUUGUCCUGUUAUUGAUAGGGUAGGCAGGUCUGUCAUAUUAAGGUGUAGUUAUUAUGGGUAGUGGUUGUAGACACAUUAUCAUUGUCCUGUCAUUGAUAGGGUAGGCAGGUCUGCCAUAUUGAUGCGCAGUUAAUAUGGGUAGUGGUUGUAGACACAUUAUCAUUGUCCUGUUUUUGAUGUGCUUUGAUAAUGGCUGCAUCCCCAGAUAUUAGAGAAAGACAUGGCCAACAAGCUUGGGGAGGAGAACCGCGACCAGGACAGGUUCAAGAUCAACCCGACGGAAGACAGCAAACCCGACAAGAAGUUUACCUGCUGCUGACGACUGGAAAUGUUAAUGGAUUUCAACCAUUCUUCCAAACAUCGCUCACAAACUCACUCUAAUUAGCUAAAGAAGAAAAAAAAAUCAAAUUUAAUGUUUUAAAAAAAUAAUAUCCCGAAAUUAAGAUUGAAUCUUAAUCAGAUAAUUAGCCAGCUGUUACCUACAUUAACUACAUCAUGGCCAAAAAAUGUAUAAGAAUUAAUUUUUGCAAAAUAUUUCUUUUCAGGAAUGCAAAAAAAGUUUCGGGGCCAAAAUAAUUUUUUGACUUAACACACUUUGACUAUUAGUCCAGUCAUUAAUCCAAGUUUUGCUCAAUGUCCAUCAAAGUCUGUCAGUAGGUUUCAGAAUCCUAUAAUUUUAAAUACGUUUACUGUCAUAAAAUUUUUUGUUUAUGGAUUUAAUCCUUGUAUGUUUGAAUAGAAUCUAUUUUUAAAAAAAGUUAUAAAACAAUAUGAGUGCAAUGUAAAAAAAAAACAAUGAUAUUGUUGAAUGUUAUAUUUAAGAUGCUAUAGAAAUUUGUCAACUAUUGCUAGUAGACACUGUCCUUGUUUUCCCCUGCUUUGUCACUGAGAGUUCUCUCUCUUUUUUUCGUGAGGGCCUUGGGUUAUUCAAUGUAGAAGGGAUUUUUUUUACUGUAGAGAGUUUAUCUAUUAUAUAAUAUUUUACACUGGUACAUAUUUUUUUAAUUACUUUUUUUUACUUUGACGUAUAAUUGUACAGUGACAUAUAAAUUUGCCAUAAUUUUUUGCACUCUUGCAAACAAUGUCAGAAGCAAUAGGUUUUUGCACUAAAACUCAUAAUAAAGUUAGAGUUUCGGAAUGAUUAUUAAAUGUAUAGCAAAAAUGGUGAACCUAAAAUGAUAAGAAGAAUAUACAAUAUCAAAACUUACGCUGAAUAAAUAAAUAAAAAUAGUACAGUAAAAAAAAAAUGCUGUUACAUCAAGAUACAUGGUAGACCAUAGAUAAGACAUAAAGCUACCUGAUGAAGUACUUACUUAUGCUUAAGCCCUUUGUUUCAGCGUUAACAUCUAGAAACAUUUUGCGUCAUAGUAGGUCAUUGUGUGAUCAUUUAGCUCGCCAGUUUGAUGUGAUGUGAUUGUGUGAUGAAUUGGGCUAUGCAGUUUGCCAAUGUGUGAUGAAUUGGCCAAAAUUGUUUGAUGAAUCGGGCAGUGCGGUUUUUCAAUGUGUGAUGAAUUUUGUUUUGCAGUUCAUGUAUUGAUUGGUUGAUGUUCGGUUAGGUAAGUUGAUAGUUGGUGGUCAAAUGUAGGCCCCAUAAUUUAGACGAUCUCUUCAUUUAGUUAGAACUCACUCCUCGCUUAGAAAUAACUCACUCUUCUCUUACAUCAUGCCACACAUUUCGUACCUCUUUGUUGUUUCUCCAAACAUUCCCUGUAAACUGUGAAUGAUUUGCUGGGCAAGUCUUUAGAUUGAAGAGAACAACAAAAUAGUAAAAUCCAAUCAGUUUUUUCUUCUGACUCCUGUGAUUGUCCAGUAUUUACUAUUUUACCAUGUCCUAGCAUUACUGCUUUUAAAAGUUUAAAAUUUUUUUAAUAGAAAAUAAUUAAACAGAUGCAAAAUUUGAUUCUUUGAUUGAUAUUUCUCUCUAACUGACGCAGCUUUUGUUGAUGCUUUGAAAAGUGAUGCGAUCUCUACAAAUGAACCUAGUUCAGUAAGAACAUUACUAGUUAAGGAAUUGACUAAGGGAAUUUUUCUCAUUGACUGUUACAGGUUACAUAAUUUUUAAUUUUUUUUUACUUUAGAACUAGAAUGUCUGGCCCAAGAUCUUUCUAUCAACUUGGUAAAAAACCUAGGAUUUCUUUACCAUGAUCUUUCUAUUAAUGUGGUACAAACCUAGUAUAUUUUCAUCAUGAUCUUUCUAUCCACUCUGUUCAGACCUAGGAUGUUUGGCCCAAUGAUCUUUCAGUCAACUAUGAUCUAUCUAUGCACUUGGUCCAUCCUAGAAUGUCUUUACCAUGAUUUUUCAAUUAACCUAAUUUUCAUCUUGUUGGUACUUCAGUAUUUCUAUCAAAGGUACUGCUGUAACCUUCGAUGUAUUCAUAUCUACUCUAUAACCUUAUUUUUUAAAAACUACAGGGUGUUUUAUCAACAUUGAAAGGGUGUUUUUGUUAAAGAAAAACAUUUCAAAGGGUGUUUUUUUGUAACAUUUAAAAGAUGUUUCUGUAACAUUUAAGUUUUUUGUUUUUUUUGCUGUAACAUUAAAAGGGUCUUUCUGUAACUAAUGAAAUGCUGUGUAUCAACUAUACAAAGGUGGGUUCCUAACUGAAAUGUGGUUCAGUUACCACUGAAGGCCUGUUCUUUUAACACACCUAGAGGGUUGAUCUUGUGAAAGAGGAAGAAUGCUUUACCUUCUAGUUAUCUGGUGAAUAUCGCCUAGUCUCUUUUGGACCUAUGUCUUUUUUCCCCCACAUACAAUGAUAAAGAUGCAUAUAUUGUUUUGUAAUUAAUUUUUUAAAGUCUUCUUUUUUUUUUUUUUUAAAUGCCCCAAAACAUCUAAUUUAAUUUUAAAGAAUUUGACAAUCAGCCUCCAUUUUUUGUGUGCAUUCUCUUCAAAAUUCUCAUUUUGAAUCGAAUGUUUUCAUUGGAUCCAUUGCCGCGAUGUGGAAAAGAAGUUAGGAAAUUUGUUUCGUAAUGAAUGCACGGACACUUUAGUAUUAUAAAAAAAGUCAUCAAAGUUCAAGUUUAUGUCUUCAUUGCUGAGAGUAAUACGUUGUAGGUGUGUGCAUCAUACUGUAACUGUAAAUAUCAAGUAUUGGUGGUGCUCUUAGUACGUUCUGUCUAUGUGGAUAACGCUUAACCCUGUCAAUGUUAAUCAAAAUUGAAUUAUCCCUUAAUGACUCGUUGCAUGUCAAUGUUGAUCAAAUUGUUAGUCCUGUCAGUGUUUAUCAACACUGUUAGUUCUAUCUGUGUUUAUAACACUUGAUCCUGUCAAUCUUUAUAACCCACUGUUGUUAAGUACUGUUGGUGGUCAUCGCACUGCUGGUCAUGUCAGACCUGUGAGAUGGCAGUGUCUAAGCCGCCAGUUUUUAAUUGCCAUGUUAGAAAUGUAACUGUCUAAAACAAUAAAGACAUUUUAAAAAAUGACUUGAUUAAUGAUAAAUGCCUUGAUUAAUUACAAAUGACUUGACUAAUAACAAAUGACUUGAAUAAUAUGACUAUUUCUUGUUUACCACAUAUCCAGCCUACUUUUCCUACUGACAAGACUGUGUGCUAGAAAUACCACAUAUCCAGCCUACUUUUCCUACUAACAAGACUGUGUGCUAGUGCUUCAACAAAUCUCUUUUCUAUCAUCUGUUGCACAUAUUGUCAACUGUCAAUCGCUGUAAAGACUCGCCCUUAACAUAGUUUGUAGUAUCCUGCAUGAACUUCCUUAUUACUGGGGGAUAAUAAAAAUAAUCAAAAUAUUAUGUUGUAGCUCCUGUAGCAUUCAGUUUAGCAUUCAUUGUAGCAUUCAGUUUAGCAUUCAUUGUAGCAUUCAUUGUAGCAUUCAUUGUAGCAUUCAGUUUAGCAUUCAUUGUAGCAUUCAGUUAAGCAUUCAUUGUAGCAUUCAGUUUAACAUUCAUUGUAGCAUUCAGUUUAGCAUUCAUUGUAGCAUUCAGUUUAGCAUUCAUUGUAGCAUUCAGUUUAGCAUUCAUUGUAGCAUUCAGUUUAGCAUUCACUGUAGCAUUCAGUUUAGCAUUCAUUGUAGCAUUCAGUUUAGCAUUCAGUUUAGCAUUCAUUGUAGCAUUCAGUUUAGCAUUCAUUGUAGCAUUCAGUUUAGCAUUCAUUGUAGCAUUCAGUUUAGCAUUCAUUGUAGCAUUCACUGGUUUUAUGUUUUGAUUUUUAACAAAAAUUUGUAGUAAUAGAAAUGAUCUCUUGUUUGGCAUAUUUUGAGACAUUGAUUCUUUGUUUGGCUUAGUUUAGGAUUUGAACUAGAAAUGUAUUAUUUUUGGUUUGAAAUGUGAAGCUUACCAAAGUGUAGGUUUUUAGUUCAUUAUGAUUCAUAUGUUUAAUUGAUGAUAUUAUUAUUAUGGUUAUGGCGUAUGUAUAAUGCUGAUUCCGUUGAUUCAUGUUAACCCUGUUUAUGUUAAUUAUGUUGAAAUCAGGGUGUCAUUGCUGUGUUGAAAGCCUUGUUGUAUGUUAUCCUCUGUUGAUGUGAUUAUGCUUAUGCCUAAUGCUAUGCUCUUACGUACACGUGUGUUCUGACAAAUAUGCUAUAUGGAUAUGGAUAUGUUAUCCCUAAUGUUGAUACAGCUUUGGUAAAUGUAUGUGUAUAUGGCCAUGUUAUGUCUUGUGUUGAUAUGGCCAAGUUUUCUAAUGUUGAUAUGGCCAUGUUGUCUAUGUUGAUACAGCAUUGGUAAAAGUAAGUGUAUGUGGCUAUGUCAUGUCCCUUAUGUUGCACCAUCCUAAAAGCACAUUGUUGUGACUUAAAUUUCUAACAUAUUUUAUACAGUAGAGCCUGGCUCGUUAUUUAAUACAACAUUUACAUGAAAAGUAAUAAAACUUGAACACAUAA